UUCAGCAGUAGCUCAAUAGACAUUGUUCUGUUGAGAGGUGCAUCUUUCGAUAGGAAUAAUGUCCGUUCCGCCAUAUCGCCAUUUCACCCAGAUUGGGGAUCCUGUGCUACGCCAAGUGGCCGAAGAAGUUCCUCCGGAGCGCAUAGACACCAAGGAGAUCGAUCAGAUCAUAGACCGCAUGGUGAAGGUGUUACGUCACUACGAUUGCGUGGGCGUGGCAGCGCCCCAAAUCGGAAUACCGCUGCGCAUUAUCGUCAUGGAAUUCCGAGAGGGCAAGCAGGAGCAAUUCAAACCGGAAAUCUACGAAGAGCGCAAAAUGUCAACUCUGCCCUUAACGGUCUUCAUUAAUCCGGAGCUGGAGAUAAUCAGCAGCCAAGUGAACAAACAUCCCGAGGGUUGUAUGAGUGUGCGGGGCUAUUCCGCUAAGGUGGAGCGCUACGAUAAGGUCCGCAUCCGAGGGAUCGGCAAGCUGGAUACCCCGUCGGAAAUGGAACUGGAGGGCUGGAGUGCACGGAUCGCCCAGCACGAGGUGGAUCACCUGAAUGGAACCAUCUACGUGGAUCGCAUGGAUGUCUCUAGCUUCAACUGCGUCAGCUGGGAACAGGUCAACUCGGCCGAAGGUCGAUCGGCCAUUUGGUUUCAUAAGUAAUACAGUUUAUAGACGAAAUUGUGCUAACAUUUCUAGAACUAUAAUUUUACAUAUUUUUUUGUCAAUAAAAAUAUAUAAAAACGUUUA